AUGGAGUCUAUCUUAACCCUUUUGCAUGUAAUACUAGCAAUAAUUAAAUAUUUAACAGCUAAUGAGACCAAUUGUAGCCUUAGUGGAGAAUCAACAUACCCGCAAAUAUGGAAGGAUGGCGAUAUCACUGUUGGAGCGAUUUUCCCCUUCCAUAACAAAUGGGACAUCACAGAAUUGCCCUAUUCAGCAAAGCCAUCUUCAGUAAAGUGCAUGAGUCUGGAACUCAGAGCUUUCCAGUAUUCACAGACCUUAAUCUUUGCAAUAGAGGAGAUCAACAACAGUUCCUCUUUACUGCCUGGAAUCUCCUUGGGCUACAAGAUAUAUGACAGUUGUGGCUUUGCUACACUGGGGGUAAAAGUGGCAAUGACACUUCUGAAUGGAAACGAGAUCUCCGGCUCUGAUGAGAUGUGCACAAAGCCGGCUCAGGUACAGGCCAUAAUAGGAGAAACGUAUUCAUCAGUAUCCAUGGCUAUAGCAAAGAGUAUCGGACCCUUCAGCAUGCCCUUAAUCAGUUAUUAUUCUACCUGUGAGUGUCUGAGUGACAAAAGAAAAUACCCCUCAUUUCUGCGCACCAUUCCCAGCGAUUACUACCAAACCAAAGCACUCGCAGAGAUGGUCAAAUUCUUCGGUUGGACCUGGGUUGGAGCAAUAAGACGAGAUGAUGAUUACGGUAACAGCGGAAUGGCUGCAUUUACUCAAGCUGCAGAACAAAUGGGCAUCUGCUUAGAAUACAAUCUUCCAUUUUAUACAACCUACUCACAAGAAAAAGUCCUGAGAAUAGUUGAAACAAUUAAAAGCUCCACGUCUCGAGUGAUUGUGGGAUUUGUCACUCCGUGGGACUUGGAGAUUUUGCUGAAUAUAUUUGCUGAACACAACAUCACUGGAUAUCAGUGGGUUGGAACUGAAGGGUGGAUUGCUGAUCCAGUGGCUGUUACACUGGACAAGCACAACAUACUGGAAGGAGCCAUAGGGCUGGCGAUUCCUAAAACAACAGUGACCGGCCUGCAAGAUUUCAUUCUAGAUAUAAAACCACUCAAAUCUGUAGGCAGUGCCAUUUUUACUACAUUCUGGGAAGUUCUGUUUAACUGUAAAUACACAAUGCGGAAUGAUACAGAGAAACUACGAGCAUGUACAGGUGAAGAGAAAGUGUCAGAGUUGGAAAACACCUUCACUGAAAUGUCUCUGAUGCCCAUUUUUAGUAAUGUGUAUAAAGGAGUGUAUGCUGUCGCCCAUACCCUGCAUACGCUUCUCGGUUGCAAUCAAACUUGUCCUAUAAAGAAGCAGCCAGAUCCUUUUACUUUCUUAGAACACCUCAAAAAGGUGCGCUUUAAAACCAAGGAAGGAGAAGAAGUUUUUUUUGAUAAAAACGGUGACCCCCCAGCAAAAUAUGAAAUCAUAAACUGGCAGACAAUUAAAGACCACCAGCGUGGAUUUGUCACUGUUGGACUUUACGACUCUUCUGCAAAUGAUCGUAGUCGAUUAGCAGUAAACAUGGAGGCUAUUGUUUGGGCGCAAUAUGCCAAUCAGGUGCCAAAAUCUGUAUGCAGUGAAAGUUGCCCUGCGGGGACGAGGAAGGCUGUGCAGAAAGGAAAACCGAUCUGCUGCUUCGACUGUAUUCCAUGUGCUGCAGGAGAGAUCAGCAAUAUGACCGAUUCUAUUGAAUGUAAGCAGUGCCAGCAAGAUUACUGGUCAAAUUUACACAAAGAUAAAUGUGUAAAAAAGGAAAUUGAGUAUCUGUCUUAUGAGGAAACGAUGGGGAUUUUGUUAACAUCAGUCUCCAUUAUUGGUGCACUAAUGACCUUGGUGAUAGCGACCAUAUUCUUUAGAUAUAAAAAUACCCCCAUUGUGAGGGCCAACAACUCUGAGCUGAGCUUCCUGCUGCUCUUCUCUCUGACUCUGUGUUUCCUCUGUUCACUUACUUUCAUCGGUCGACCCUCGGAGUGGUCCUGCAUGCUGCGCCACACAGCGUUCGGGAUCACCUUCGUCCUCUGCAUCUCCUGUGUUCUGGGUAAAACAAUAGUGGUGUUGAUGGCGUUCAGAGCGACACUUCCGGGCAGUAACAUAAUGAAAUGGUUUGGGCCUCCACAGCAGAGACUCAGUGUUCUUGCUUUUACUUUAAUACAGGUUAUUAUUUGUGUGUGUUGGUUGAUAAUAUCUCCUCCUUUUCCCUUUAAAAAUUUAAAACACUACAAGGAAAGAAUCAUUCUGGAAUGCAACUUGGGGUCAGCUGUGGGUUUCUGGGCUGUUCUGGGUUAUAUCGGGAUUUUGGCUCUUCUGUGUUUUGUUUUGGCUUUUCUGGCUCGGAAGCUGCCUGAUAAUUUUAAUGAAGCUAAAUUUAUCACCUUCAGCAUGUUGAUGUUCUGUGCAGUUUGGAUCACUUUUAUUCCAGCGUAUGUCAGUUCACCUGGUAAAUUUACUGUAGCUGUGGAGAUUUUUGCUAUUCUGGCCUCAAGUUUUGGUUUGCUGUUCUGUAUUUUCCUUCCUAAAUGUUACAUAAUCAUCCUGAAACCUGAGAAGAACACCAAAAAACAGAUGAUGGGAAAAUGA